GAUAUACAUUUCUUUGUUUUGAAUGAGCCAUUCUCAGUUCUUUCUAGAUGUUUCUCCCAUUGCAUUGGCAUUGGUGACUCAGCUGCGCUGAGAUACUAGAUAGUCCAACUCCAGAUGUUACAAACCUCGUUCUUUUUGAGUCACUUUACUCUCGUCGCUGUUCUUUUAGCUCUGUUUCGUGGCUUUAUUGGCUUUGUGCUGACUGAGAAAUGGCGGAAGGAAAUGACGUGAAACUGUACGUGUAUGACCUAUCGCAAGGACUAGCGUCUCAGCUAUCAUUGCCACUGCUAGGCAAGAAGAUCGAUGGCAUCUGGCACACUGGAGUUGUUGUAUACGGGACGGAGUACUUUUUCGGUAGUAUGGGCGUGUGUGACUGCCCACCGGGUGGCACCAUCAUGGGUCAACCACAUCAGAUUUUGAACCUUGGCUCAACAUAUAUCCCCAAAGAACUGUUCCAGGAAUUCCUUGUCGAGGUCGGCAGCAGUACAUUCCAAGGCAUCAAGUACCACCUACUAGAACACAACUGUAAUAACUUCUCAAAUGAAGUUUGCCAGUUCUUAGUCGGCAGAACUAUACCAGCUCACAUCACAGGCCUGCCGGCUGAAGUUCUCGCGACGCCGUUUGGAGCAGUCAUUCGACCCUUUCUUGAGAGUAUGUCCGUCCAACCCUCUGCUGGAGCUGGUCUUGAGCAGAGCGCUGGUGCUGCAGAGCCGUAUGUUGCACCAACAUCAAGUGGGAGCAGCGCACCUGCGUCGCGCCCGCAAGCCACUUCAUCCGAAUCAAGUUCGCCGGAUGCUACAUCGAGAACGAGGCAUUCUGCCGCUUCAUCUCGGGCGUUGAGUGCUGUAACAGGAGGGAAGCAUGAAAUGUACUCCUGGACGGCACCUCUUGUUCUGUUUGAAUCUGAACAGUAUCAGCCACCAUCGUCUCGACAGAACAAUGGUCAAUUCAAUUCUGCUCGUCAGGCAGCAGACUUUUGUCCUCGAUUUGUCAUGCCACCCAGUUUGGAGGACUCCUUGUUCUUGGGCACUAUGUCAGACCAUCUAUCUGGUAAUUCACCACCUGAAGCUCUGGACUGUGUUCGUUCCUUGCAGGAGAUGAUGAACGGUUACGUAAGAGAGUGGCUUCGAAAAGCAAGAGUUUAUGGCCUUGAUGUUAAGGAUGAUGAACUGCCACAUAGGCUGUUGAGCUCGAUCCCAUCCAGUGAUGCUGGAUGUUUGGAUUCGGUAGCACUUCUCUCGUUCUCCCUGACUACAGCGAUGGGCGAGCUUGACCAGCAGCAUGGCAAGUUGGCACAGCUCGUGUUGCAGUUCCUAAGCUCCACAUGGCCGAAGUGGAAAUCAACCGAGUUCAGGGACAUGCGCGUGUCGGUGCUGUAUCUUCUGGCAUGGCUGUCGACUCACAGCCUGUGGCUGGGUCACAUGCUGAUGGAGACAGAAUGGGAGUCCAGCACAGGGAAGAAGGUCAGUAAUGCUCAGCUGGUGCUAUCCAUACUUGUGGAUGGCUUGCUGGAUGAGCACCCAACUGCCCAACAGCUUGCAUUGCGCUGUAUCAACAAUGUGUGCCUGCGCAUCACAAGUGAGUCAGCUGCGCUGGAGUAUGGCGCUGCUCUGCUCGAGUUCCUGCUGGAGCCUCGCCGAGACCUCAGCGAGGUCGCGUUCUUGGCCAUGCUGCGGUGUCUAGCUGUCAACGAGGAGGAGCUGAGUGCUAUCAUGUCAAUGACUCGCAUCCCGGAGGAGACGUAUGCGAUUAUUACGAGUCCUGAACUUAAGGAAGUUGUGAGAUAUGUGCGAGACCUUUUUGCAGAGUAAUAACUGGAUCAUCUGGUAUACUCUGCAACGUAGUAAGUUCAGAAUUGAUCAUCAAUUAGCCUAGUACAGUAUUGUCCGAACAGUGCUGACUGACUGUGGGAUUGUGCUGGCCAAGUGCCACCUCUAGACUGGGCUUUCUUUGGCUUGCUGUAUAGUGUGUGUGUGUGUGUGUGUGUGUGUGUGUGUGUGUGUGUGUGUGUGUGUGUGUGUGUGUGUGUGCGUGCGUGCAUGCAUGCACGUGUGUGCGUGUGUGUGUCUGUGUGUGUAUGUGUUUGUAUGCAUGAUGUCUCUAGUGUAGUGUACCGUGUUGUAUAUGCAGCUGGUAUGCCUUAUGAUCAACACCGAUGAACACUGUGUAGCCAUAUUGCAUGUUCCCUUUUAGUGCUUUCACCCAAGAUUGCUUCUUCCAAGCUGGUUGUGUUUCUCAACACAAAUAUAGCCGGUGAAAAUGCGGAUGUGCGAACUUUACUUUAUUCGAAAAUGCUGUGUAGUUUGUCACCCAGACUCCUUGGCAUGAUUAUUAAAAAAAAUUUCAAUAAAUACUUGAGUUUCAUAGGUUUCACAUUAAUUUUGAAAGUUUCAUGAAAUUUAUACAUGUAUGCACACUCUGUGUUCAAGUAAAAGUAGUGUGUUUUGGUCUUUUGGAUACUCCAUUUUGUUGUUCUUUGCAAAAAAAUUCUCAUGCUGCUGUGUAUUGAAUACUAAAUUAACAUAUGAGCACAAGAAGUUUUUUAGUAAAUUAACAUACAUCUAUAUCAGCACUUCAACGUGCAUUGUCACUGCAAGAAAAUUUCCACACCUAACAAUUUUAGUGCCCUCCAAGAAACUGCAUGUAUGUGCUACUAUUUUCAUUACUGGGCCAGCCUGGGGCAUAGUUCCAAGUCAUCACUAGUCUAAA